AUGCCUAGAUUUGUUCCAAGACAGCGUAAGCACAAAGUAAGGAAGAGGCUUGAGCAAGACAGCGGCAACGUAGGUCUUCCAAAUGGCAAUGACAGCAAUGCAGCGGAGAUCUUUCCUGGCACUGUCGCAGAAACGGAGAAGAAAAGGCAGGAUAUGAGAAAUAUUUUACGAGCUCAACAUCCAAAAACAUCCAGCAAGAAGCAGAAGAGACUUGAUAAAUAUAUCGACAUAAAAUUGAGAAAAGAGGAGAACCUCGAUCUGAUCAAAAAAUUAGCAAGCGCAAAGGUCGAUACUUCGUUGCUACGCAGCUCUCGAAGUCUGGGUAGAAAGCCAGCCAAGCGUGAGGUUCUCUCGCAAGCCUUGAAGGAGAGUCAAGCUGGCGUGAACCUCGAAAAGAAUAGCGAGUUGUUGUUCGAACACGAUGAUGAUGAUGAUGAUGAUGAUGAUGAGAUAAGGCGAUAG